AUGACGAUAACUGGGCCUUUUAAGGCACAUGGGGACGGGCCGGAGAUUACCUCUCUCCUAGCCAGUGUCUGGAAGGUUAGAUGCCCGCCAAAACUCCACCACUUUAUGUGGCAAGUGUUGUCUGGGUGCAUUCCUGUUUCACGGAACUUACGGCGGCGGGGUAUCGCGUGUGAUUUGGGCUGCUCCCGGUGUGGUGCGGAGGAGGAAACCGUCAAUCAUGUUCUGUUUCUUUGUCCACCAGCACGUCAGGUGUGGGCCCUAUCUCAGAUACCGGUAGGCUCACAUUGUUUUCCGGUGGGCUCUGUUUACGCUAAUAUGGAUCAUUUCUUGGACCCUAAAAGCCAGGGAUCCCAUGUGUCUGCCUACCCGUGGAUUCUCUGGUAUUUAUGGAAAGCGCGUAAUGCAAAGGUUUUUGAAAAUAUUACGGAAAGACCGGAGGAGGUGAUUCGGAUAGCUGAAGGAGAGGCUUUAUCCUGGCAGCAGGCUCAGGAGGAGGGUGAUGAUGCGGAUUCGAUUGGCCAGCCAUUGGUUGUUGAGCCUAGUUUUCGGAGGACACCCUUUUCUCUUCCAAUGGUUUUUACAGGCGUUCGUUGUUUCGUCGAUGGCUCUUGGAAGUCAGGUGACCGUUUUGCAGGAGCUGGCUGGGUUUGUACCAAGCCGCAGGAUCCGAUGCCAAGUAUGGGAGCUACUAACUUUCGAAGGAGUCUCUCCCCCCUACACGCUGAAGUCGAGGCUUUCAUUUGGGCAAUGCGCUGCAUGAUCGGACAUGAUUACCAUGACGUGGCGUUUUACUCAGACUGCGCUGACUUGGUGAAGAUGGUGUCUUCGCCAAAAGACUGGCCGGCGUUCUCCACUUAUCUUGAGGACAUCACGAUGGACAGGGAGGAAUUUUAUUCUUUUUCCUUAUCUUUUAUUCCAAGGACUGCAAAUGUAAAAGCGGAUCUCUUGGCACGCUGUGCGCGCACAUCUCCGCAUAAUGUUCUGUAUGUAAACAAUUUCCCUCCGCAUUGGCUCAUCUGA